AGAAAGAAAGCAGGAUUGGGGGGAAAAAAGAUAAAGAAAUUAACAAGCUGUGUCGUGGGGUGUUGCACAUGAUCGGCCAUGCUUGCUUAGCCUAGCUGUUGGUUGUUGCUAUGGCUACGGAAAGCCUGUGGAACCCAGUGAGCUGUCUGCGGCAGGGUUGAAAGGACCAGCCAUUUUACUUAUGGAAAACAGUGUGGGAUGUUCCGCUGAGCUUCAUCCUGGAAGGAGCGGUUUAUUUAUUUUUUUGUCCAAAUCCAUUCAGAGACGCAAGAAGCGGUAGGCAUGUUAGUAUACAAUGAUUACUGCCACGCAUGCCCGCAAGCUGCCGUUUGGACGAGCUGCUGACGGCUGCUGCAAUUAGCUGAUUGGAGAACGUGGAAUGCGGAGUGAGAAUGCUGCAUAUCUGCUAUCCGGCAGCAGUAAGGGGUUUUGUCUGGGAAAGGCAAGCCUCCCCUGCAAUAUCAUCGCAGCGGCUCUCUCGCUGCUUGCCUUGAAAACCAGUGAUCUGGAAGGAGGGUGUCGCCCUGUGUUGACACCGGUCCCGCGUGUGUCUGCUGCUUAUGAGCGGCAGGUCUGAAAAAGCAGGUGUGCUCAGAUGGGCACUGGACUGGAACGCAGGCGGACGCUCCCGGGUGUACCUGCUUCCUGCUAGCAGAUUGUUGGCUCACAGAGCAUCUGCCUGCACGCUGAGGCUGGAGUGGAGAAGGGGCUUCCUGGGCAUCCCACUUAACUGAUAGAGACACUUGGAUUGGACUUAAUCUUAAACCUCUGGAGUUCAAGACCUUUUAAAAAGGGCUAAAUAAACAAUCUCUACAUGUAAAAGGCCACUGACUCCUACUUCCUCUGUGGAGAGCCACUGUGGAACUCAGCUGCCUGUUGGGUAAGAAUAAGACAGACUCAUAUACCAUUCUGAUCUGGGUGCAUUUCUUCAGAAGGAAAACUGAAGACUUUAAUAGCAAACCCUUCAAGGUCAAAAUGAAUACAGAUAGCGGUGGGUGUGCUCGCAAGCGUGCCGCCAUGUCUGUUACAUUAACAUCUGUGAAGAGAGUUCAAAGUUCUCCAAACCUAUUGGCUGCAGGGCGUGAUUCUCAGUCACCAGAUUCAGCUUGGAGAAUUUACAAUGAUCGAAAUCAAGAGCCAUUGAAUGGAGAUGCUACAUAUUCCUCUCUUGCAGCAAAAGGAUUUAGGAGCGUUCGACCUAACCUACAAGAAAAAAAGUCACCAACCCAGAGCCAGAUAACAGUGAAUGGAAACGCUGGUGGUGCUGUGAGUCCAAUGAGUUACUACCAAAGGCCAUUUUCCCCUUCGGCAUAUUCUCUCCCAGGCUCACUCAACUCAAGCAUUAUCAUGCAGCAUGGCAGAUCCCUUGAACCCACAGAGCCGUACCCGCAGCCCGCACAGUCUCUGGACGGCCCGGGCGGCAGCAACAUUCCUCUAUACAGAUCGUCGGAGGAAGAGAAGAAGGUGACAGUCAUCAAAGCCCCGCAUUACCCAGGGAUCGGGCCCGUGGAUGAGUCCGGAAUCCCCACAGCAAUCAGAACGACUGUAGACCGGCCAAAGGACUGGUACAAGACCAUGUUUAAGCAGAUCCACAUGGUGCAUAAGCCAGAUGAUGACACAGACAUGUAUAAUACUCCUUAUACCUAUAAUGCAGGCGUGUAUAACCAAGCCUACAGUACACAGUCACACCCUGCUGUGAAGACACAGACCUACAGACCUCUGUCCAAAAGCCACUCCGACAAUGGCACAGAGGUCUUCAAGGACGCGUCCUCUCCAGUGCCUCCCCCACCUCCAGUCCCACCGCUGCGGCCCAGAGAUAGGCCUUCUACGGAAAAGCAUGAUUGGGAUCCUCCAGACAGAAAAGUGGACACAAGGAAAUUCCGGUCUGAACCAAGGAGUAUUUUUGAAUAUGAACCCGGGAAGUCAUCAAUUCUGCAGCAUGAAAGACCACCCCCUCUCCCAACAACUCCGACACCUGUUCCCAGGAAACCUGGCCAGCAGCCUGUCUCUAGUUCACCAACGGAAGCAGUGGCUGGUAGCCCCUCCCCGCCGCCCAGGAGUGGCCUCCCCACGCCCAGCUUGUGUGCCCCAGCUCUCUCUCCCGCCCCGACUGAUCGCAUAACUCCAGAUGACAUAGAUUUAGAAAAUGAGCCCUGGUAUAAAUUCUUUUCAGAACUGGAGUUUGGACGCCCGCCUCCUAAAAAGGCUCUGGAUUAUGUUCAAGAUCAUUCUUCUGGUGUUUCUGAAGAGGCCUCCGUGUAUCAGUCCUCUAUGGACAGAAGCCUGGAAAGGCCUGGCAGUUCUGCAAGUAUGGCGAGUGACUUUAGGAAACGGAGGAAGAGCGAGCCUGCCGUGGGCCCCCCGAGGGGCUUGGGGGAUCAGAGUGCAAACAGGACUAGUCCCAGUCGAGCAGACCUGCCAGGAUCAAGCAUCACGCUUACCAAGUCCUUCAUCAGCUCCUCUCCUUCUUCCCCAUCGAGAGCAAAAGGUGGGGACGAUAGCAAACUGUGUCCAUCCCUUUGCAGUUACUCAGGGCUCGAUGGCAACCCGUCCAGUGAGUUAGAGUACUGUAGCCCCUAUAGACAGCAUUUGGACGUACCGCGGGACUCACAAAGGGCCAUCACGUUCAAGAAUGGCUGGCAGAUGGCCCGGCAAAACGCGGAGAUCUGGAGCAGCACCGAGGAAACGGUGUCCCCCAAGAUCAAAUCCCGGAGCUGCGAUGAUCUGCUCAAUGAUGACUGCGAUAGCUUGCCUGACCAGAAAAUCAAGUCGGAGAGCUUGGGCUCCCUGCUCUGUGAGGAGGACUCCAAAGACAGUGGCGCCAUCCCCUGGGCUUCCCCCUACCUUCAGGAGGCUCGCGGGAAUGGCAGGUCCAGGCUCAGACACAGGGCUGCGCACGAUACCCCAGGUUUCCUGAAAAUGUACAAGAAAAUGCACCGCAUUAACCGCAAGGACUUGAUGAACUCGGAGGUGAUCUGCUCUGUGAAGUCGAGAAUCCUGCAGUACGAGAAGGAGCAGCAGUACAGGGGUUUGCUCCAUGGGUGGAGCCAGUCCUCCACAGAGGAGGUGCCCAGGGACAUGGUACCUACCCGCAUCUCUGAAUUCGAGAAGUUGAUUCAGAAGUCAAAAUCUAUGCCAAAUCUGGGAGAUGAGAUGCUGUCUCCUGUAACCCUGGAAUCACAGCAGAACGGGUUAGGUCCCCAGAGGCGAUUUUCCAUUGAGUCUUUGCUGGAGGAAGAAAACCAGGGCAGACAUCCUUCUCAGGGGCCACGAAGUUACAAGUCUAAAGCCCUGGUGCCAAUCCAUAUCGAAGUCACCAGUGAGGAGCAGCCGAGACCCCAUGUGGAAUUCUCAGACAGCGACCAGGAUGGAGUUGUGUCUGACCACAGCGACUACAUUCAUGUAGAAGGCUCCUCUUUUUGCAGCGAAAGCGACUUUGAUCACUUUUCUUUCACUUCCUCUGAGAGUUUCUAUGGAUCCAGCCACCAUCAUCAUCACCAUCACCACCAUCACCACCAUCACCGGCACCUCAUCAGCUCCUGCAAAGGCAGGUGCCCUGCCUCUUAUACCCGCUUUACCACCAUGCUGAAGCAUGAAAGAGCUAAGCAGGAAAAUGCUGAAGAGCCUAGAAGACAAGAAAUGGACCCCGGCCUUUCCAAACUGGCAUUUCUUGUCAGUCCUGUGCCUUUCCGGAGAAAAAGAAAUUCAACACCUAAAAAGCAGACCGAAAAGACAAAAUGUAAAGCAUCUGUGUUUGAGGCUCUGGACUCUGCCCUGAAAGACAUCUGUGACCAGAUUAAAGCUGAGAAGAGAAGGGGAAGUCUGCCUGACAACAGCAUCUUGCACCGCCUCAUCAGUGAGCUGCUGCCAGAUAUUCCCGAGCGGAAUUCAUCCCUUAAAGCUCUGAGAAGGAGCCCCAUGCACCAGCCUUUCCACCCACUGCCUGAAGAUGGUGCUAUGCAUUGUCCAUUUUAUCAGAACGAUUGUGGGAGGAUUCCUCACAGUGCCUCUUUCCCAGAUGGGGACACCACCACUAACUACCACCACCACCUCGACAGUGAGGGUGCACAGUGUCUCCAAGACCAUGAGUCCCCUAGAAGUUACUCAUCCACUCUGACAGACUUGGGAAGAAGUGCACCAAGAGAAAGAAGAGGAACUCCGGAAAAAGAGAAAUUGCCUGCAAAAGCUGUUUAUGAUUUUAAGGCUCAGACAUCAAAGGAGUUGUCAUUUAAGAAAGGAGAUACUGUCUACAUCCUCAGGAAAAUCGAUCAGAACUGGUAUGAGGGAGAACACCUUGGACGAGUGGGCAUUUUCCCCAUCUCUUACGUAGAGAAGCUCACACCUCCUGAAAAGGCACAGCCUGCAAGACCACCUCCCCCAGCCCAGCUUGGAGAGAUCGGAGAAGCUGUAGCCAAAUAUAAUUUCAAUGCAGACACAAACGUGGAACUGUCCUUGAGAAAGGGAGAUAGAGUUAUUCUUCUGAAAAGAGUUGACCAAAACUGGUAUGAAGGUAAAAUUCCAGGAACCAACAGACAAGGCAUCUUCCCUGUGUCUUACGUAGAAGUCAUCAAGAAGAAUACAAAAGGUGCUGAGGACUACCCCGACCCUCCGAUACCCCACAGCUACUCUAGUGACAGAAUCCACAGCCUCAGCUCUAAUAAGCCACAGCGUCCAGUGUUUACUCAUGAAAACAUCCAAGGUGGAGGGGAACCGUUUCAGGCUCUGUAUAACUAUACUCCUAGAAAUGAAGAUGAGUUGGAACUCAGAGAAAGUGACGUCAUUGAUGUGAUGGAAAAGUGUGAUGAUGGAUGGUUUGUGGGAACUUCGAGAAGAACCAAAUUCUUUGGUACUUUUCCCGGGAACUAUGUCAAGAGGUUGUGAAUUACUCUCCCUCCUUAUUUAUGCCACAUUUCAGCAACACAUCUGCAUACACUUGCCCAAGACAUCCCUGCAGGCCUCGUGUUUUCAUGCUUUAUGGUUUCCAGUGUGACACCACCCUCUCCACCUGCUGCUACUGAACCACCAGCAGUGUAACUGCCCCGUGUGCCCUGGGGAGACACGACAGACUGGCUGCCUC